GCCGUCCUCUUCUCUCUUCUCGCCCUCCGCCGACCCAAUCCAACGACGUCAGAAUACCCUUACCCGCUCCUUUUGGUGCCGAUCGCCACCUGGGUCGGAUCGCGUCACCGACCGAGGAGUUUACAUGGUCAUCUCAGCGGAGACGCCGGCCACGCCGCCAGAUCCUGCCGUCGCUAUGGCGACCAAGGAGGCUUCGGUCCCUCGCGGAGGGACGCGGGGGAGUCUCCUCCAUAACUUCUCCUUCCCGAUCUUGGAGACGUUGGGGGGCCACGAGGCGCUACGCUGCAUGAGCGGGAACGGCGAAGGGGAGGCCGUCGCCGACGGCGGCCGGAGAUCGACGGGCUCAUCCGAGGUAGGCGAGCUGCGGAUCCGUGUCCCGAGUAGUGGGGACGAAGACGACCCGGGGAUCGAGGAGGUCAGGGAGAAGCUGCUGGUUCACCUGCGGGAGGCGGCGGACCGGAUGAAGCGGGUGGUCCAGCAUCUGGCCAGGAGGGGCGGAGUGCCCGAGCCGGCGAGGGCGGCGGAGGCGAGGCCGAGUCCUGAGGCGGACACGUCUGCCGCUCUGCCGUGGAACCUGAGGACGAGGCGCGGGGCGGCAAGGUCUCCGGCGGGGACCGAGCGGCACUUGAGCCGGUCGCCGACGGUCGCGGCUGAGAAGAGAACUGUGCGCCUUAGGUUGGAGGCUCCCGAGCGGAGGGAGCGGCCCAAGUUCUCGAUCUCGCUUACAAGGGAGGAGAUCGAGGAGGACAUCUACGCCUUGACGGCGCGCAGGGCUCGCAGGCGGCCAAGACGGCGGCCAAGGGCCGUUCAAAAGCAGCUCGAGUCGCUAUUCCCUGGCUCGUCCCUGUCGGAGAUCAACGCCGCCACGUACAGGGUUCCGAGCUAGAGAUAUAACCUUACGUGCGGUGACGCGACACCUUCUUCUCCGUCAAGGUCCCGAGUUGCUCGCGCCGAUUUCUCAGGGCUUCUUAGAGGCAUACUAGGAAAAAUUUAGUCAUUCCUCAUUCUCUUAGAUACGUCGAUGUGUAAUUGGUCUAUUUAGAUCAAAGGAGUUCAUGUG